AUUGUCCUGACUUUCACAGGCAGAUCAUUGUGUGUCUCCAGGGAGGGGAGUGUGGCGGCCCAUUUCUGGAUCCUGAUGUCAGUACCUGUCAGUCAUGUCGGCAGAGUAACAUCAACACGAGUCACCGAGAGUCUGGAGGUCGGACUGAGGGGUGACCAGGGGCCACAGAUGCAGGGGGUUGUCAGAGCUGAAGGAUACCUUCUUCACCUCCGGUGUCCACCUGAUAUUUAUGUUCUCAAAUCUUCCUUCCUGUUCUGGGGUGUCGCUAACUUCCAUCAUACUGAGGUGUCCAGCAUUCUUUUUUACUCUGUAGUCUGUAGCGCAAGAGUGGAGCUCAAGGCCACAGCCGGGGUCCAGAGCACACUGAGGAGCCCCUUCUGCCCCAGCUACUAUCCACCUGACACCAACUGCUCAUGGAACUUCAACUACAGCAGGAAAUGCUUCCCAUCUAGUCAUGUAAAAUACACGUUGCUUCAUGUGUUGCGUCCAGGCUGCGGUCUGAGACAGUUCUCCAGUCGAAUCGUGGGUGGAUCAGACGCCCUCAAGGGGGCGUGGCCCUGGCAGGCCAGCCUCCAAGUACAGGGGAACCACCUGUGUGGGGGCGCCCUCGUCUCUGACCAGUGGGUGGCGUCGGCGGCCCACUGUUUCCAGGACGAGCGGGGUCCAGUUCCUCCUCUGUGUGGACUGUCUCUUUGGGGAUCUUUGAUCCAACUGCACCACUUCUACAACAAUGGGCCACACGAUUACGACCUGGCGCUCCUGAAGCUAGUGCGACCAACUGACUCUCGACCCGUCUGUCUGCCUCCACCAACGCACCGUCUGGAGCCGGGCCGGAUCUGCUGGGGAGACUCCGGCGGGCCCUUGGCCUGUCAGGAGCCGUCAGGUCACUGGUUCCUCGGCGGUGUGGUGAGCUGGGGAAGUGGCUGCGCACGUCCAGGCUUGUAUGGGGUUUACACCCGGGUCACCAGACUCAGCGCCUGGAUCAAGCCAGUGCUCAGCAGCUGA